GAACUCUCGUAGAGUGUAGUAUCGUGGUAUUUUGUGUUUGAUAAAUUUCUAAUUUUUGUUAUAAUCAUGUAUAAAUUAAAACAAAAGAAAAUUGCAAUUGCAAGUGCCGCUUUUUAUUUGUUAACAAAAGACAAUAAAAAAAAACGCUCAAAAUGGGUGAAAAACUGGAAAUUAAAUCGCCAUAAAUUUAGUGACAUUACGCUUCUCCGUGAACUCGAAGACAACUGUCCAGAUGACUACAAAAAUUAUCUUAGAAUGGAUUCAAAAGAUUUUCAGUUUUUGCUAGAGCUUGUAGGGCCGAAGAUAAAAAAACAAGAUACUGUAAUGAGAACAGCGAUAAGUCCAGAAGAAAGACUUAUUGCGACUCUCAGAUAUCUCGCCACGGGAAGGUCUUAUGAAGAUUUAAAAUUUAGCACUUGUAUAUCAGCACCAAGUUUAUCAUUUAUCAUUCCAGAGACGUGUAAAGCGAUAUUCGAAGCUUUAAAAAUGGAUUACAUGAAGUUCCCUACAACGAAAGAAGAAUGGGAAACUGUUGCAAUGGGAUUUCAAGAUCGUUGGCAAUUUAUUAACUGUGGUGGUUCAAUUGAUGGAAAACACAUAAGAAUUGUGCAACCCCCCAGCACUGGGGCUCAAUUCUACAAUUAUAAAGGAUUCUAUAGCAUUAUUUUAAUGGCAAUUGUAAAUAGCAAUUAUGAAUUUAUUUUCGUCGAUGUGGGGAAAAAUGGAAGAUUAUCCGAUGCAGGUGUAAUAGAAUUCACUAACUUUUACGAGGACUUGAAAACAGGAAAAUUACAACUUCCGGACAAUAAUGAAACGGUAAAUAAUUUAAAUUUUGUUUUCCUUGGUGAUGAAGCUUUUGCUCUGCAUGAUAAUAUUUUAAAACCAUAUGCUCAACGAGAAUUAACAAAAGAAAAAAGAACAUUCAAUUAUAGACUGUCGAGGGCAAGAAACUGUGUUGAAAACACAUUUGGGCUUAUUUCAUCAAUAUUUAGAUUAUUACAAGGAGCUAUUCACUUACACCCAGAAAAGGCUUCAUAUGCCGUGUUAGCAAUAUGCGUACUUCAUAACUUCUUAAGAAAACGUGGAAAUUCUUACGUCACCUCAACAAAUUUUGAUAGACAAGAUGGCAUGAACAUAUUACAAAACGGCGAUUGGAGAGUGAAUAGCAAUAAUGAACUUCCUGGACUACAACAUGCACGUACUAAAAAUGUUUCCGAUAAUGCAAAAAUUAACAGAGAUAAAUACAUGCACUUUUAUAAUAAUGAAGGAUCAGUUGAAUUUCAAGAAGAUAUGUUAAAAGCUGGAAGAGCCUAAUACAAUUUACCCUACCUACAAGUAUAUUACUUUAAUAUUAUGAACCUAUAAC